AUGGCAAAUAGGCAACUUUGGGGUGAAUUUGAAGACGACGAUAAUGAUGAGACAGUACUUCAAACUGUUAACUUUAAUCCAAUUAUUGAGCUGGGUAUGCAGAAUAUUCCCGAAAUACCAAUUACAGUGAAAUCUUCACCAAUCGAAUUACCUAAAGCAAAUUUAAUCACGCAUACUAUACAACUACAUGCUUAUUCGAGACAAUUGUCUGCUAUUAUUGAUAGGACUGAAGCGGCUAUAUACGAAGGCGCGAGAAUAGACACUUUGAGCUUACCGAAUCCACCACCAGAACCAAUUUUAAAAAUAGAACAUGUAGCAGUACCUCCUAUAAACUUUCUUCCCAAAGAAUAUUGUGACUUCUCCUUAGGAAAGGGGCCUGUGAUUUUACCUUUUACUCCAGAAAGUCAUAAACGAGCUUUGCGACAGUGUGCAGCUAUAGCCAUAGGCCAUGUUGGUUUUGCAGCAUCUACAAAUACUGCCUUGACUGCUGUAGCAGAUUAUUUAGAUAUUUAUUUGUCAAAUAUGUGUAAACUAAUGAGAACUGUAGUGGAUAGAGAAGCUAGUGGACUCAAUUCAGGUUUCCCGGAUGUUAUUUCUAAGGUUUUCACGGAACUAAAUGUUGGUAACUUACACGAUUUUUAUGAGAAUCGUGUCAUCAAAUACCAUGAAAAGAUAAAGAGUAAAUGUGAAGAACAAAGAAAUCACUGUGAAGCUUUAACAAUUGGUGAAAUUGCUCCACAACUAAAGCUUGAAGAAGUACCAGAAUUACAUUUUCCUGCUGCACUAGAUGGUGCCUUUACACCAUCUCUGGAGCCUGGUUUUCAAAUGCUACACAGCUUGGAACAAGAACAGCUUCAAGGCCUAGAACUACUGGAUGCUGUCCCAGAUGAUAUAAAAGUAGAGUCCAUGGAAUUCUCACAAUCAGAAACAACUAAGUUACCUACGCUAUCCCCUACUGCUAAGAAAAAAAGAAAA